AUGAUGCUGCCCAGACCUGGGGUCUAUCACUUCCCAUGGGAGGUCAGUGCUGGCCAGGUUCCUGACGGGGGCUCGCUGAGAACAUUUGGCAGGUUGGGCCUCUACGACAUGAUCCAGUCCAGAGUCACCCUGACGGCUCAGCACGGAGCUGAUCAGCACCAGGUCCUGGUCUGUACCAAGCUGGUGGAGCCAUUCCAAGCCCAGGUGGGCUCCUUGUACAUGGUCCUCGGGGAGCUCGAGCACCAGAAGGAUGGAGGUGCCGUGGUGAAGGCCCGGGUGCUGACCUGUGUGGAAGGGAUGAAUGUACCCUUGUUGGAACGAGCCAUCCGGGAGGAGAGGAUGUACCAGCAAGAGCGGGGCAGCAGCUGA